AUGUCGGCCGCUCCCGAAGGCAACCCCGUCACCUCUGGCGGCGAGAGUUCCGCUUCUAACGGCACCACCCCAGCGCCCUCGACUGCGACCACCGCGACGUCGCAAUCAAGUGCCCCAGCCCAAGAUGAUGCCCUCAUCUGCCGCUGGUCUAACUGUACCGAGAAGUUCAACUCUGCCGAGGCACUCUAUGAACACAUCUGCGAAAAGCAUGUUGGUCGCAAGAGUACGAAUAACUUGAAUCUUACCUGCCAGUGGAACCAGUGCCGAACCACGACUGUCAAGCGUGACCAUAUCACCUCGCACAUUCGCGUCCACGUCCCUCUGAAACCGCACAAGUGCGACUUUUGCGGCAAGUCUUUUAAGCGUCCACAGGACUUGAAGAAGCACGUCAAGACUCAUGCCGACGACUCUGUCCUGGUCCGGUCGCCGGAUCAGCAUGGCGGCAUGAACGGCGCGUACCGAGCACAGGGAAAAGCUCCGUCAAGCUAUUAUGAUCAUAAUGGUCAGAUCCGUACUAAUUCGGCUGCCUUUGGUCAGCCGCCGCACCCCGCUGGUCACCCAAGUAGCUACUAUCAGCACCAUCCCCAACCUUCGUUUGGCGGUCCGAUGUACUACCAGCCUAUGGGUGGCCGUGGUGACCAUAUGGGCUACCAGGCUUCUGCUGCUGACUAUGACCACCGUAAGCGCACCUACGAUGUGCUCAACGAAUUCUUCGGCGACGCUAAGCGCCGCCAGCUUGACCCGGCCUCCUAUGCCCAAGUUGGCCAGAGGCUUCUUCCUCUCCACGGCGUCCUUCCUAUCCACUCCGGUUCCCUCGCCACCGAGUACCUACCAAGUCCUGCCGUAAUGACCGUUGACGGCCCCGCCGGCCACGGGCCCUACCAACAACACUACUCCCUGCCACCGAUGCCGAAUAUCCGCACAAAGAGCGACCUGAUUCAAAUCGACCAGAUUCUCGAGCAGAUGCAGAGUACCGUUUACGAGAAUUCCAACACUGCAGCUGCUGCCGGGGUCCACCAACCUGGAUCGCAUUAUCUUCCUCUCAACUUCCGCCACAGCCAGUCUCCACCGCACUCCGCUGCCCCCGCACAACCCGCAUCAAUGGCGGCGGCCCCCGGCGCGUACUCAGCCGCACAUGUCGCAUCGCCCCUAACUGCUGUCUCUUCGACUCACUCGAACGGAACCCCGGCUGUGACCCCCCCUUCUAGCUCGAUGUCCUACACAUCCGGCCACUCACCAACGGCCUCGUCUUCUGGUCUGUCCCCAUCGACACGACACAGCUCGACGACCUCAGCCCUGUACCCAACCCUACCGGCCGUCACGUCGGGCUAUCCUGGACAGUCGGCUACGUCGACACUCGGGCCAACGUUUGACAGCGAUCCGCGCCGGCGGUACUCAGGCGGGAUGCUUCAGCGUGCAAGCGCCGGCCCGCGACCGGACCCGCCGACGAGCGCGCCGCGGGCGCCGGUUGAGCCCGCAAUCUCGGCGGUCAGCUCGCCGUCAGCUGAGUCGGAGACGAGCGCGGAAAACCGCGAGGAUCAGGCGUACGAGGCCUGGCUCGAACACGUGCGCGUCAUUGAGUACCUGCGUGAGUAUGUCAUUGAUCGCAUCAAGCGCAAGGACUACGAUUCUGAGAGCCCCGUCUCGUCGGCCCCAAGUUCAGCUCGCGCUGCAAGCGACAUGGACGUCGACUCCCCAACGCGGCCGCCAUCGCAGCCAGCGUACCCAGCGUUGCCCCUAGUGUAG